GAGGAGGAGGAGGAGGAGGAGGAGGAGGAGGAGGAGGAGGAGAAGCAGGAGGAGAAGGAGGAGGAGGAAGAGGAAGAGGAAGAGGAAGAGGAGGAGGAGGAGGAAGAGGAGGGAGAUGAGGAGGAGGAGGAGGAGGCGGAGGAGGAGGAGGAGGAGGAAGAAGAAGAAGAAGAAGAAGAAGAAGAAGAAGAAGAAGAAGAAGAAGAAGAAGAAGAAGAGGAAAAGGAAGAUGAGGAGAAAGAGAAAAUAGAAGAGAAAGAAGAAGAAAAAGGAGAUGAAGUAAAGGAAGAGGAGGAGAAGAAAGAAGAAGAAGAAGAAGAAGAAGAAGAAGAAGAAGAAGAAGAAGAUAAAGAAGAAGAGGAAAAAGAAGAAGAGAAACAAAAGAAGGAGACGGAUGAAGAAGGUGAGGUAGAAGAAGAGGAGGAGGAGGAGGAGGAGGAGGAGUUGGAGGAGGAAGAAGAGAACGAGGAGGAGGAGGAGGAGGAGCUGGAAGAAGAGGAGGAGGAGGAGGAGGAGGAGGAGGAAGUGGAGGAAGAGGAGGAAAAGGGAGAGGAGGAUGAAGAGGAGGAGGAGGUCGAGGAAGAAGAGGCAGAGGAAGAGGAAGAGGAGGAGGAAGAGGGAAAAGAGGAAGAGAAGGAAAUUGAAGCAAAGAGUCCCCUCCCCUGCCACAAGCCAAUGAAAAAAUUUAAGCCUAUCUAA